CUGUUUUACGACAUUUCCGUUUAAGUACGGUUGGUCAACCUGUAAGCGUUGCGCGGCAGCGGCGCUACCAUCUUUGUGUGUAGUUGAUUUACCUUGCCGCCUUUCCUGUGUUGGUUUCCUCACACUAAUAGUGAUUGUUACUUACACGUUUCAAAAUGGCUGGUGGUAAAGCGGGCAAAGAUUCAGGCAAAGCCAAGGCGAAAGCUGUAUCCAGAUCAGCGCGAGCAGGAUUACAGUUCCCCGUGGGAAGAAUUCAUAGACAUCUUAAAAACAGAACCACGAGCCAUGGUCGUGUUGGAGCUACGGCGGCUGUUUAUUCUGCAGCUAUUCUGGAAUAUCUCACGGCUGAAGUGCUGGAGUUGGCAGGCAAUGCUUCUAAGGAUCUCAAGGUGAAACGUAUCACACCCCGUCACUUGCAGCUUGCCAUCCGAGGAGAUGAGGAACUUGACAGUCUGAUCAAAGCCACCAUUGCAGGAGGUGGUGUCAUUCCACACAUACACAAGUCACUCAUUGGGAAAAAGGGAGGUCCAGGAGCACCCGUCUAAUUAAGGUAUAUCUGAUACAUUUCAUACUGCAUUUGAUUCCGGACGUGAUGCAACCAGCUUCUAAUAUUCAUCACCUGAUUGGUAAACAUAGUUGUCUUCAAGAUAGUGAUGUUGAACAGGACAGUGGAGUGUGGAGUGAUUACAGAAAACUGUUGGUCCGGACUUACUGCUAGUUUAUAAGGAUUAGAACUAUUCUAGGAUUAAGGAGAUUUAAAUAUGAUUGUAUUAGAAUUAAGUUUGACUUCUUGGUUUGUUGAUGGGACAUUUUAUUCUACUAAAAAUUGUACAAUUAUUUCAUGCUCUGUUAAAAUUAUCUUGCUACCAGUUACUGAAAUAUUAAGCAGGUGCUGAUCUGUACAAAGUCACACUCCACAGGAGCUGGUGUAAUAUAAUUUUACUCAAAUGUAAUGACAGGCGCAACUUUUUACUAGUUUGUUUGUAAGCUCAAAGCUGUUUUAAUAAUUAUUUACAGCAUUUUGUAUCUUUUUUUUUUUUUGUGACAUUUUGUACUGAAAUAACAUGUUCUAAAUUGUAAUUAAGUAUGAUUGAACUGUUACAAGUUGUAAGAAAAUGUAUUUUGACCUUUAAAAUAUAAUGAUGAACCUGGAA